GACAUAUUCAAUACAGUUAAUGUCAGUGAGGGGAACUGGUCAAAUUUCAGUCAGGCUGUCAGAAGACACCAUGGCCACCGUGCUCAGUGUUCUCUUCGUAUUGAUAACCAUUCCGCAUUCAGCAGCAGUGGCGUCAACCAUCUGCAACGCAGCCACUGCCACGCUGAACAACGACGGUUGUCAUGACAAUGCUAUUGUCAAGUUCCUUAUGGACCGUAUCCUCCUGUUAUCACUGAGUGUCCUACUCGUCGCAGUCUGUGUAACCAUGGUGAUCGCCUUGUGUGUCGGUGCUAAAGAAAGGAGCAAAGAAGCAAGGGUCGUAGAAGAAUGCCCCUCCAAGUCUGGGAGGCGUGGACAUGCUAACAGACUGGACGUGUAUGAGCCAGCGGAUAACCUUGCCUACACACCAGACACUACAUGUGUGUCUGGAACACAAAUAUAUACCAACAGUGAAUAUGAGACUGCCCCUGAAGGCCAGGGAUACAAACCUGGAUACGACAUGUAUGAAAACACCACCUCCGACAGACCCUGUCUGCCUUGGAAGAACAGUAGCGAUAUGUAUGUCGAUAUGAACGCCCCUUCUGUCGGGGACCUGCAGUAUAUCAACACACCCACUGCAGACACAUGUAAUGAUGGACUCUAUACAAUUGUACCGAGCCACUACUGAAAGCGUUAAUCCAUGCUGAGUAGAAAUAGCAGUGACUUCUUUACUUUCUGUUCACAAUUUUGAAUAUGUUUAAUACUUAUAUGUCUUGUGACAGAAAUGCACAUAUCAUAUCAUAAGCCAUUGAAUAUAUAUUUAAAAUUAUAUGAUAAUGA